AUGGCUUCCCCUAGCGUUCUCACCUUUGACGCUGAGGGUCGGGCAGUGGACUUUGAGGUCUGGGUAGAUGAUCUGCAGCUUUUCCUGCAGUGCGAUAGGGCAGACGGCCUCUCCCUGUUUGACCUCACUUCUGGUGCCUCCCCUACCCCUGCUGCUGAUGCUGACGCCACUGUUCGCUCACAGUGGGCCACACGUGACGCUGCUGCUCGCCUUGCUGUGCGCCGCCACUUACCGACCACUGAGCGUGCACACUUUAGCCAGUACAAGAGUGCUCAGACCUUGUACGACGCUGUAGUUGCACGCUACUCUUUCCCUGCCACUGCUGCACUGAGCCGCCUCAUGCUACCGUACCUCUUCCCUGACCUUGCUGCCUUUCCCACUGUCGCUGACCUCAUUACGCACCUCCGCACUAUCACCCGUCUCCCUGACUCUCUCCGUGUAGUGAGGGACCACUUCCUCUCAGUUUGCCCCACCACUCUCACCGUUGACCUCCUCGAGAAGGCCCUCCUAGCGAUAGAGAAGAGCAUAGUCGCUGUAGGAGCCUCUCGUGGUGACUCUCGCACCCCCGUCUUUGAGGGGUGUUCUCCCUCCCCCCUCUUGCCCUCUGUUGCCUCUGCUGCUGCGGCCGACCUCGUUGGUUUCGAGUCGGUCGGCGCUGCGUCUGCCCCGAGCGGGAGACGCCCCACCGGCAAGGGCAAGGGGGGCAAGGGCACUGGAGGGGGUGGAGGGGGCGGUGGAGGUGGUGGUGGAGGCGGUGGAGGGAGUGGGGGUGGUGGUGGGAGUGGUGCUGGGGGUGGCGGCGGCGGCGGCAGCAGUGGAGGCGGCGGAGGCGGUGGAGGUGGCGGAGGGAGCGGAGGCGGCGGAGAUAGUGGAGGAGGCAGAGGUGGAGGAGGCGGCGGAGGCGGCGGAGGCGGCGGCGGCGGCGGAGGCGGUGGUGGUGGAGCGAGUCGCGACUCUGCGCCGAGGAGUGGCGCCGGUGGUGGUCACCGCCAGCAGCAGCAGCGGAGUGGUGUGACCCUGUCCCCUCAGCAGCUUCGUGAGUGGUACACUGCACGCCAGCGCGGUACGCACUCCACCCAGCGCUGCUUUGGUCGCCUGACGGACGCGUGGCGUCGCCAGUUCCCUGAGGCGUCAGAGAUCCCUCGCUGGGGAGAUCUCGCUAAGGCCGGGGUUGCUAUCUUUGAUCUUGACUUUGAUGCUAUUCUUGCUGCCAUGUAUGCUGUUGCUGAUAGUGUUGAGGGUGCCUGUUACCUGUGUGUACCGCCUGACCCGGGCAUUGAGGCUGCUGCGGUAGGUGCUGGUGAGACUGCUGCUCUAGGUGCUAGUGCGUCUGCUGCCCCAGGUGCAAGUGCGUCUGCCGCCCCAGGUGUUGGUGAGUCUGCUCUCUCAGGUACUACGUCGGCUCAGGCCUUCCACACCUUCACCCUGGACUCGGGUGCGUCCCGCUCCUUCUUUCGAGACCGCACCACUCUUACGCCGCUUAGUCGGCCGGUUGCAGUCUCCCUGGCAGACCCCUCUGGGGGUCCUGUCCUUGCUAGCUUCUCCACUAUCCUUCCGUGCCCUGCAGCCCCCUCUGGCACCCUGUCAGGUCUCUACCUCCCCUCGUUCUCUACGAACUUGGUGAGUGGAGCGGACCUACAGGAUCGAGGGGUUGACCAGUUCACUCCUGCGAGUCAGCGAGUGACCCACUGCAGGUGCGCUCGGACAGGCCGACACUUGGCCACGUUCACCCGUCGGCCAGGGUCGAGCCUGUACACCCUUACUGCUGAGUCUCCUCCUACUGCUAAUCUGCCCAGGUAG